AUGCAGGAACUAGGCAUCAAACAGUUUAGAUCAAGCGCUUAUCAUCCGGAAAGUCAAGGAGCACUAGAGCGAUUUCACCAGACAUUGAAAAACAUGAUUCGGAUGUAUUGCCAGGACACCGAGAAAAGUUGGGACGAAGGAAUUCAUUUACUUUUAUUUGCUGCACACGAUUCAGUUCAAGAAUCUUUAGGCUUUACUCCGUUUGAGCUUGUUUUCGGACAUACAGUUAGGGAACUACUUAAACUCCUGAAGGAGAAGUUGCUUGUCGACGAUGACAGUCCUUUAAACCUUUUAGAAUAUGUUUCAGAUUUCCGUACGCAACUCACAAAAGCAUGCGAUUUGGCUAGAGAAAAUCUUAAGUCGGCACAAAAAUGCAUGAAGGAAAAGUAUGACAAAACUACCGUAAUGCAAAGUUUUCAAACCGGCGACAAAGUACUUGCCUUUCCUCCGGUCCCUGGAACACCCUUGCAUGCUAGGUAUUUUGGCCCCUACCUCGUAGAAAAGAAAGAGAAUGAUUUAAAUUAUGUAAUAGUCACGCCCGAUAGACGCAAGAAUAAACAGCUUUGCCAUGUAAAUAUGUUAAAGCCUUAUCACGAAAGAAAGAAAGUGAUUAAUGCAGUUAGUUCAGGUAGUAAUGAUAAUCAUACAGCUGAAGAGCUGGAACUUUUUAACUUAUCCGAAACAACUAAACUGAGCAACUCUCACAUUCUUCGGCAAAUGGAUUCCAAACUGACGCACCUUGAGCAAAGUCAACAAGAUGAUAUACAAGAACGUGUGCAAGAGUAUUCUGAUUUAUUUCCUGAUGUACCAACUCGGACGACUAUGAUCUCACACGACGUAGACGUUGGUGAUGCAGUACCAGUUAAACAACACCCAUAUCGCUUAAACCCCUCCAAACAAGAAUCCCUGAACAAAGAAGUACGAUAUCUUCUCGAACGACCUGAUCGAGCCCAGUCAGCAGUUGGAGUUCACCCUGCAUUCUAG